AAUAUUGUUCUCUGGCUCAUUCUUCACCAGAGAAAUAAGAAAAGCAAAAAAGGGAACAUAUUAGAAAUGUUCUUCACAUUGCACUAUAACAUAUGCAGGGUGGGGUUACUGCAGAACAGCCUUGAUUUACUUCAAUAAGUCUCUAUGUAAUAGGUCAUUUGUCAUCCUCUGAAGGUCACACGUGUUGGCAUCUUACACCUGCGCUGUUGGGAUCUAUCAGGAGCCAGAACCAACACUUGUAUCUACUCUAUUGAUCCUUCUUUCUCUUCUGUUGCCAAAUCAGCCUGGGUGCCAAAGGGAAUAAGGUAUGUAAGGAGGGCCCAAUCCUUUAAACUACCAUAUUGGAGCUUUAGGAUUAUUGGCAGUUGCCAUGAAUUAAAGCAGCCUGAGAUCUAGUUAUUAACCAAAGGCAAGGGAGGAUGAGAACACCUUUGCUGAACCUUUCCUGGCAUGUUCUGUGUGCUCUCUACCCCACCAGUGCAUCCAGAUGGGCAUGAUUUUUUUUUUCCAUUCAUUUUUAUUAAUUUUGUUCAAUCAAAGUGUGCCCAGGCAUUCUCCUGGCCUCUGUGCAGUGUGCCUGUGACUGGUGCUCACUGCAUGCUUUCAGGGGUCCCUUCUAUUUCCUGGGAUAAGCCCAAGGGGAAGGGGCUGUGGUUCCUUGCCUCCCUGCCCCCCCACCCCAGCCCUGAGAGACUUUAUCUCACUGGUGGCAUUUGGGGUGUCACCACCCUUGAAAAAUGGGCUCUGCUAUUUGUAUAUUUAAUUUUGCUUGUGUGUGUAGCUUGACAGCUGAUGUGUUGUCUUUAUUGCAGGUGUGUGGGUUCCAUGCUGAUAAGGGGACUUCCUCUGUCAUAUAAACCAGCAUGGCACCCCGGGUGGGCAUCUUAUGGGAAGGAAAGAUGAGAAACACACUGCUGUGGACCGGCUUGGCUGUUUUGCUGCAGUUGCAGCUGGGCUCUGCCUACAAACUUGUGUGCUACUUCACUAACUGGGCCCAGUACAGGCCAGAACCUGCCAAGUACUUCCCAAACAAUGUGGACCCCCACUUAUGCACCCACCUGAUGUACGCCUUUGCAACGAUGAAUGAAAAUAAGAUUGCACCCUAUGAAUGGAAUGAUGAGGACAGACUCUUUCCAGAAUUUCAAGCACUAAAGAAAAGUAAUGACAAGCUGGUCACCCUGCUGGCCAUCGGAGGGUGGAACUUUGGCACUCAGAAGUUCACUCAAAUGGUGGCAUCACAAGCAAAUCGUAAGACCUUCAUUGACUCCGUGAUUGCGUACCUUCGCAAAUUUGGGUUUGAUGGGAUCGACUUGGAUUUUGAAUACCCAGGUUCCCGAGGCAGCCCCCCUGAAGACAAGCAUCGCUUCACCAUCUUGAUUGAAGAAAUGCUGGAAGCCUUCACAGCUGAAGCUGCAAGUGCCAACAAGCCACGUCUAUUGAUUACAGCAGCAGUAUCUGCUGGGAAAGCAACUAUUGAUGCUGGCUAUGAGAUUGCUGAGAUAGGGGGGCUCCUGGAUUUCAUCAGCGUGAUGACCUAUGACUUCCAUGGAGGCUGGGAUUCAGUCACAGGCCACAACAGCCCCUUGUAUCAAGGCUUUGGGGACCAGGGUGACUUCAAGUUUUUCAAUUGCAAAUAUGCCAUGGAGUACUGGAAGAACAAUGGCGCCCCAGCUGAGAAGCUCGUCAUGGGUUUCCCCACCUAUGGGCGCACCUUCAGGAUCGGUGGCCAGGACCAUUGUGUUGGAGCUCCAGCAUCUGGGGCAGGCUCUUCUGGGCCCUAUACCCGGGAAGCUGGCUUUUGGGCAUAUUAUGAGAUUUGCACCUUCCUGAAGACUGCUCAAGUACGUUGGAUGUGUGACCAGAAAGUCCCAUGUGCCUAUAAAGAUAACGAGUGGGUUGGAUUUGACAAUCUCUGCAGCUACCGACACAAAGUCCAAUACUUGAAGGAUAACAAUUUUGGAGGAGCCAUGGUCUGGGCAAUUGACUUGGAUGAUUUCCUGGGCACUUUCUGCAAUGAAGGAAAAUAUCCUCUGAUAAGCGAGCUGAAGAGACUCCUUGAAAUGAAUGAGCCAAUUAAUCUGAACUGCCAUAAAGACAUCCCUGAUGAUGACUGCGGUUCAUGUGGCACUGCUCCUCCUGGUCCAACUGACCCAACUGAUCCUCCUUCACCUGCAACAAAACCUCCACCGCCUACACCUGAGACACCGCCAGUCGAUUCUGGUGAUAAGACAUUUUGCAGUGAUAAACAAGAUGGCAUGUAUGCUGACCCUGAAGAUCGGGCAUCCUUCUACCAAUGUGCUGCAGGCACUGCUUACCACUUCACCUGUGCAGCUAGCCUGGUCUAUGACGAGAGCUGCAAGUGCUGCAACUAUCCCUAAUAUUAACACCAGCCCCCAAGUUGCAACGUUGGUAACCUCAUGAGUCCCUCUGGAAUCCCCCUGUCUUUAUAAAUAAAGCCAGCAGGCAGG